AUGCAAAACGACGCCGGCGAAAUCGUUGAUAUGCUUAUCCCACGCAAGUGCAUGGCCACAGACAGAUUGAUCCCACCACACGACCACGCAUCUGUCCAGAUCCAGAUCGCCAAGGUCAAUGACGAUGGCCUCCCAACUGGCGAAUUCGAGACAGUCGUCUUCUCUGGCUACGUUCGUGCCCUCGGAGAAUCUGACUACGCUCUCAACCGUAUCGCCACAGAGAAGGGCCUUCUCACUGGCGUCUAUCGCAAUGAGGCACACAAGCAGUAA